CAGCUGACCGGGGACCCCCGCGGCGAUUGGUCGACGGGCGGAGGGGGGCGGGGCUUCGGCGGCACGGUUCGCGUCGCGCCUUGGGGCUGCGGCGGUGCCGCCAUGUCCCGGCGGAGCGGCCCGGCCGGGGCCGAGCUGAACGCGGAACGGGAGAAAAUCCGCCGCGAGAUCGAGGAGCUGGAGCGCAGCCUGCGGCUCGACGUGACCGGCGGAGAUGUGGCCGUGUCGGACUCCAGCCUCAGCUCGGACGAUGCUGAAGGUGACAGCUCAGAUGUCCAAGCAGAAAUGGAAGUGGAAAGAGAAGAGGACAGUAGUGAUGAUGAUCUUGAAAGCAGUCUGCUGGAAGAUCCAGAAACGUGUCUGCAGAUGAAUUAUGUGUAUCAGGAAGUUAUCCAGGAAAAGAUCGAGGAAGUAGAGCUUCUGAUUGCACAAAACAAAGAGCAGCAGAAGGAAAUCUUGUGUGAGCUUGAUGGCAGAAAAACAGCAAAGACAGGAGAUGGUAGAAAUUUACCAUCAAACAUAUUUCUGGGCCAUUUUAUGAAGCCAUACUUUAAGGACAAGACAACAGGAAUAGGCCCUCCUUCCAAUGAAGAUGCUAAGGAAAAGGCAGCUCAGGGCAUAAAAUCUUUUGAACAACUGCUGUCAACAAAAUGGAAAAGCAAAGAGAAGGUGUUACUGCAGAAGUCAGUUGUAAGCGACCGCUUGCAGCGCCUGCUACAGCCCAAGCUGCUGAAGCUGAGUUAUUCGAAUCAGAAGCUGGAAAAUGUCAAGACUGAAAUGGAGAAACAGAUCUUGGAAAAGCAAAUCAAAGAAGUGGAACGGGAAAUAGAGGCAAUUAACCAACUUCCAGAAAGUGACUUGUUAGGAGGCAGGUUUGAUGAGCAUGACUGGGAGAAGAUUUCAAACAUUCAUUUUGAUGGACGGCGUAGUUCAGACGAACUGAAGAAGUUUUGGCAAAACUGGGAGCAUCCGAGCAUCAACAAAAAUGAAUGGACAGAGGAGGAAACAGAGAGACUGAAGGAUAUUGCUGCUAAGCAUGGUUAUUUGGACUGGCAGACUGUAGCCCAGGAACUGGGGACAAACAGGACGGCUUUUCAGUGCUUGCAGAAAUACCAAGCCUAUAACAAAGACUUGAAAAGGAAAGAAUGGACCAAAGAUGAAGAUAAGAUGCUGUUAGAGCUUGUUCAAGAGAUGAGAGUGGGAAGCCAUAUCCCUUACAAGAAAAUUGCCUAUUACAUGGAAGGAAGAGAUUCUGCCCAGCUGAUUUAUCGAUGGACAAAGAGUGUGGAUCCCAGUUUGAAGAAAGGGCCCUGGACACCGGAGGAGGAUGCUAUGCUGUUGGCUGCAGUUGAGAAGUAUGGAGAGCGUGACUGGUAUAAAAUUCGGACAGAAGUACCAGGGAGGAGUGAUGCUCAGUGCAGUGACAGGUACUUAAAAGCAUUGCACCGUGAUGUAAAGAAAGGCAAAUGGAGUUUAAAGGAAGAAGAACAACUAAUUGAUCUGGUGCAGAAGCACGGCCUGGGUCACUGGAGUAAAAUAGCUGCUGAGUUGCCACAUCGGACUCGCUCCCAGUGCCUGAGCAAAUGGAAAAUCAUGAUUGGGUCGAGGAAACGGUCCAGGUCAGUGAAACGUCAACAUAGAGAGGAGAGUUCCAGCUGUUCAGAGAGCAGCAGUGAAGAUGUAGAACUGGACUUAUCAGACACUUCUGAGGAGGAGAAGACGAGUAAGGAGGAAUGCACCUUCCCCAGCAUUGAUCUGUGGAUCCCAACACAGGCAGAUGUGCUGGAGUCGUGCCAAGGAAAGCACCAAAAUUCAUCUCCUUUCUCUUUUGGGAGUGCUAAUGCAAGGACCAGCAGCAGUAAAAUUCCAAAUGCAAGGUGUGAAGGAGGUGAGGAAGGAGUUACUAAUAAAGCAGCAGAGCUGAGCACCAUCCUGAGGGGCUUGGCACGUCCCCAUUCAACAGACAUCACUGUGAAGAAUCCCAUAGAAGAAAUUAACAAGGCUUCCAGGUGUGGGAAGCAAGUGCUGCGGGUUACCCUGGAGGAUGUGAGAAGAGUGUUGAGAGAAAACACGUGCUUUCAGAGGAAACUUCAAUCGAAGCUCAUCAUGUCUUCUGCUGCCACUUUAACAAAGGCGUCUGGAGUUGGUGCAUCUGUUGCUGAGAAGCACAGGGGGCUGUGGAACAGCGUGGGGAAAACUCGUUGUCAAGAGAGAGCACGUUGGAGGAAAAUGAACCUUGACAGAAAACUCCUCAUGGCAGUGACACCUUGGGUGGGCGACGUGCUGUUGCCUUGCACCCUGCGAUCUGGGAAGAUGCUUUUUGAUCAAACAAAAGCUUAUUCUAUUCAACAGAAGCUCAAGUCUGUCAGUCUCUCCAGCACUCCUCUGUUCACACUUUUCAUUCAGCUCUUUCGGAUUGACACCAAUGGCUGCAUGAAGAUCAUUCGGGAGAGAAGGGCAGAUGCAGUCAGGCCUCAGCAGGUAUUGUGCACCAACUAUUUCUAAGCUUUUUCCACUGGAGUCUUGUCUAAAACAGAGGUUUUUCAAUGAGUAUGGUGAGUUGGUGUUGUUUGUGUGUUACCAGUUGAUUUGGGAUCAGAAGCACAGUAAAGUGCUGCCUGUGUGGCCAUUUACAUAGGAUGCUGACAGAUGAUGCUUUGAUUGACA